AUGCUCCGGGGUUUCCAGUGCAUUGAGCACUCCCAGCCGUGGACAGCAGCCCUCUAUGAUGGUUGGAAGUUCCACUGCACAGGGACCCUGAUAGAUAAGCAGUGGCUGGUCACAGCUGCCCAAUGCUUCACCGGCCGGACACUCUAUGUAAAGCUUGGCGAACAGUACCUGAGUCACUUUGAAUUCACUGAACAGCUGAAGAUUGCAUCCAAGACUAUCCGGCACCCCUUCUACGACAGCUACAGCAAAGAUAAUGACAUCAUGUUGGUCAAACUCCAUACGCCAGCCUUCAUCAACAAGGCUGUCAAGCCCUUGGCCUUGCCAAGCAAUUGCCCCAUUCCUGGCAGCUACUGUGUGCUUGUAGGCUGGGGCACCACCAUGCUGGAAAAAGAGUACUACCCAGGUGUCCUGCACUGUGGAAAUAUCACCACUCUUUCUGACCAGGAAUGUGUGGCAGUCUAUCCUAAAGUCCUACGGGAUCAUAUGCUGUGCGCCACUGUGAGAAGUGGAGGCUCGGAUUCCUGCCAGGGUGAUCCAGGCUCACCACUUGUCUGUGAUAAUGAGCUGCAAGGCAUCACUUCCUGGGGCUUUGAUGAAUGCUCUGAUAUAGAAAGUCCCAGUGUCUUUGUGAAGGUUUGUAAUUACAUCAAUUGGCUGGAGCAGACGAUGGCUUCUGCCUAA